AUGAACGAUUUCUCGCCCAACAACGCCUUGUACCCUGUCUUCCAUCCCUCAGAUUACAACUUGCUGGUUCAGCAGCUCCAGGUAGAGGAGAAUAGUGUUGCCUGGCACCCAUCUUCCACAGCCAAAUUGCAUCUUGGAGCACGUCUGCCUAGAAAACGGCAUUUCCACUACUCACUUUCCUGGCAAAUUUAUCGAGAUUUAUUCACCCACCGACCCCUACCCUUUCAUGCUAAUCGAUACGCUAUCGAUGUUCCUUUGUUACUAAGAGGAAUUGCUAUCCGUCUUCCUCUACUUGAGAUAUUUAAAUCACCCCGCCUCGGAGGUCAUGGAGCAGCUGACGUGGAUGGUCGGAAAAGUAUCAGCCAAAUAAUGGCCAACGGUGACAGUGAGUGGGCAUGUCCUCCAAACUAUUUUUAUGGAGCUCGGAUUUCAUGA